UGUGUGUUUGAGCCAAAAUGGCGGCGCGUUGCAGUGAGGAACCAGGAUCCAGUUUCUUCCGUUUCUUCAGUUUCUUCAGUUUCCUCAGUUUCUGAGAGAGUCGCAGCGGGACGCCGGGGAUCAGGCAGGAGGUAUGGAGCAGUGUGUGUGGAGGAGACAUGUCUCCGAUCAGCUGAAGCAGAGAGACCGAGUCCAGAGACAAGCCUUCGAGGAGCUCAUCCACCAGUAUACUCGUCUCCUGGAGAAGUCAGACCUGCAGGCCGUCCUCUCUGAAAGAUAUCAGGCUGAUAAAUAUGAGCUGCAGCGAGGACACGAGGGCGGGUCAGACGGGUCGCUGCAGCAGGAGGUGUCUCUGAUGAGGAUCAGACACCAGGAGGAGCUGACAGAGCUGCACAAGAAGAGAGGAGAGCUGGCUCAGAAUGUGAUCGAACUGAACAACCAGAUUCAACAGAAAGACAAGUUGAUCCAGAGCAACGAGGCCAAGAUGUUGCAGUACCAGCAGCAGAUCUCCGGCCUGGAGGGGGACUGUCGGGACCUCAGGGGCCUCCUGCAGGACCUGGAGCGAGCCAAUCAGACGCUGAAGGACGAGUACGACGCCCUGCAGAUCACCUUCUGCGCUCUGGAGGAGAAACUGAGGAAAACAUCCGAAGACAAUCAGGAGCUGGUCAGCCGCUGGAUGGCCGAGAAGAGCCAGGAGGCCAACAAGCUGAACGCUGAGAACGAAAAGGACACCAGACGCAGACAGGCUAAGCUGCAGAAGGAGCUGGCCGACGCCGCCAAGGAGCCGCUGCCCAUCGACCCAGACGACGACAUCGAGGUUCUGGCAGAGGAGGCUGGGAAGGGGGGGGGGGAGACGUCUCCCAGCAGGGCGCUCAGCAGGACCCCCAGUAAGAAGACAUCCCAGCCCCCCCCUGGUGGUCUGAUGGACUCCAUCUCCAACAUCUUUGGGCGCAGAGCCCACCCCUACAGCUCCUCUCCUGAAGGAUCAGAAGCUCCGUCAGGUGUGUGUGCUGAAGUCCGGGUCCCCACCACGGCCAUACACGUGUUUGAUGCUCAUGACGGAGAGGUAAACGCUGUGAGCUUUAGUCCCGGCUCCCGUCUCCUAGCAACCGGAGGGAUGGACCGCAAGGUGAAGCUGUGGGAGGUCGUCUCCGGUCGCUGUGAGCCGAAAGGUUCACUGACUGGCAGCAACGCGGGAAUCACCAGCAUCGAGUUCGACAGCGCAGGCUCCUUCCUGCUGGCGGCGUCCAAUGACUUUGCGAGUCGUCUGUGGACCGUAGAGGACUCCCGUCUGAGACACACCCUGACCGGUCACAGUGGAAAGGUGCUGUCAGCUCGAUUCCUAUUGGACAACACUCGCAUCGUCUCCGGGAGCUACGACCGUACCCUCAAACUGUGGGACCUCCGCAGCAAAGUCUGUAUGAAGACAGUGUUUGCCGGCUCCAGCUGUAACGACAUCGUCUGCACGGAGCAGUGUGUGAUGAGCGGACACUUCGACAAGAAGGUCCGAUUCUGGGACAUCAGGGCAGAGAGCAUGGUGCAGGAGCUCCAGCUCCAGGGUCGGGUCACGUCUCUGGAUCUGAACCACGACCGCACGGAGCUGCUCAGCUGCUCCAGAGACGACCUGCUGACCAUCAUCGACCUGAGGACCGUCAGCGUGAGACACACACUCAGCGCUCAGGGCUUCAAGUGUGGAGCAGACUGGACCAGAGUGACCUUCAGUCCUGACGGCUGCUACGUGGCGGGGGGGUCAGCAGACGGCGCUCUCUACAUCUGGAACGUCCUGACGGGGAAGGUGGAGCGGACUCUGGACCGGAGCCACAGCUCUGCCAUCAACUCGGUGUCCUGGUCGCCGUCAGGAGCGUACGUGGUCAGCGUGGAGAAGAGCAGCAAGGCCAUCCUGUGGUCCGACAUGUGAGGGGGGCCGCUAACGUUAGCAUGGAGGAAGCUAGGGCCGCUAACGUUAGCAUGGAGGAAGCUAGGGGCGCUAACGUUAGCAUGGAGGAAGCUAGGGGCGCGAACGUUAGCAUGGAGGAAGCUAGGGCCGCUAACGUUAGCAUGGAGGAACCCAGGGCCGCUAACGUUAGCAUGGAGGAACCCAGGGCCGCUAACGUUAGCAUGGAGGAACCCAGGUGCGCUAACGUUAGCAUGGAGGAACCCAGGGCCCGCUAACGUUAGCAUGGAGGAACCCAGGGCCCGCUAACGUUAGCAGGGAAGAAGAAACCAGGGGUGCUAACGUUAGCAGGGAAGAAACCAGGGGCGCUAACGUUAGCGGAGCGUAGAGGGAAGAAGCUGAUGGACACUAACAUUUUCAGAGACAAUUCAAGGGUUGCUAAAGCUAGCAAAGAGGAGCGAAAAGAGGCCUAAUGGAGACAAUGUGAUGGACACUAAAGGAACCAAGAGAUGCUAACGUACGCUUACGUUGGAGAAGAGGAACUGAGAGACGCUAACGUUAGCGCAGAGGAGUAGCGGGACGUUACCCCCUUAGCCACGGCCUCGUUGAUGGACGCUAAACGUUAGCUGUGGUCGUUGAUGGACGCUCAACGUUUAGCUGUGGUCGUUGAUGGACGCUAAACGUUAGCUGUGGUCGUUGAUGGACGCUCACGUUAGCUGUGGUCGUUGAUGGAGGACGCUAAACGUUAGCCGCGGUCGUUGUGAGCACGAGUGUGUUGCUGAAACAUUAAAACUGUUUUUUUGUUUAAA